AUGGCGCAAGAACCAAAUGUCAAAAUUGGCGAUGUCCCCAUUCUGUUCCGACCCCUCAAGCAUCCUGAGCUUGGAGUCAGCGGAUAUGAUGGGCCAGAGCAUUCAGUGACCAUCCUCAAGGCGGGACAUCAAAGAGAAGAAGGAGUCAAGGCUUUUGAGGUUGACACUAUUUAUGAGAAAGAUGUCGAGGUUCCAAUGCGCGACGGUGUCAUCCUCAAAGGAGAUAUCUUUCGUCCAGCGAAUUCUGAUUCUUUGAAAGUACCCGCUAUCAUCCCAUGGAGCCCGUAUGGGAAAACUGGCAGAGGCUUGUCUUUGAACAUAAUGCCCGGAAGGAUGGGCGUUCCAAGGGCCAACACAUCGGGCUAUGAGAAAUUUGAAGCUCCUGACCCCGCAGAGUGGACUGCUCGCGGCUAUGCCAUUGUCAGUAUCGACUCUCGAGGGUCCUGGGACUCGCAAGGGUAUCUCUGCUGGGCUGGCACCCAAGAAGGAAGAGAUGGGCACGAUGCCAUCGAAUGGGUUGCCAAACUUCCCUGGUGUACUGGAACCGUGGCCACAGCAGGCAAUUCAUGGCUGGGUCGAUCACAGUGGUACAUUGCGGCUGAGCGGCCUCCGUCAUUGAAGUGUAUAGCUCCCCUUGAAGGCUCAGGUGAUCUUUACAGGGAGAUUCAUGUUCGGGGAGGAAUCGCUUGCAAACCUUUUUUAGAAUGGAUGAUGACGAAUUUCAGAGGAAGAGGCUACAUGGAGGAUCCCGUAGCUAUGCUGAAGAAAUACCCUCUCAUGAACGACUACUGGAAAGACAAACGUGCACUAGUGUCCAGCAUAGAGGUUCCAGCAUAUGUCCUCGCCAGUUACUCUACAUUCCUCCAUUUGCCUGGGAGCUUACGGGGCUUUGAAGAGAUUCCACACAACAAGAAAUGGCUGCGGAUACACGAAAGUCAGGAAUGGCAUGACUUGUAUCAGAAAAGAACCAGUGAUGAGCUCCAGGUCUUCUUCGAUCGCUACCUCAAAGGUGUUGACAAUGGGUGGGAGUCCACCCCUCAGGUCCGUGUUUCAUUAUUGGGCUAUAACCAGUGCAAUAUUCGAAAUCAGGUUUACAAGGCAUGGCCUCCACCGGAGACGAAUUAUACAACGCUUUAUGCAGGGGCCCAUGGAAAAUUGCUUGGAGAUGCUGGAAAGUCCCAUGGGGUUGUCUCUUACCAAGCUGAUGCCGACGCUCAACAGGUAGACAAUGAUUCCCAUGAGCUUCACUUCAAAUGGAAGAUACCCGAGAGAACGUUUCUUAUCGGCUCUGUACGGGCGGUUCUCUACUUAUCUUGCAAUGACCUAGACGAUAUGGACAUAUUCCUUCAGGUCCGCAAGGCUGAUAAGAAUGGAAGCAUACUUCGAAGCUACAAUGUGCCCGACGACGAAAUGGCCGCCAUGGGAAUCUCGCGAGAAAAGGUUCCAUUGACAAAUCCGGUGGUAUACCUUGGUCCUCAUGGCCAAAUCCGAGCAAGUCACCGUGCUAUCGACACUCGCAUCUCAAAACCGCACUACAUUUCACACAGUCACUUGAUGGAGGAGCGUAUUCCAAAUGGAAAAGUUGUGAAGGUUGAGACUAGCAUCUGGCCGGGAGGGAUCAUUUUUGAGAAAGAUGAAUGCCUGGUGAUAAAGAUCAGCGGUCAUCCAAUGUACUUGGCAGAGUUUCCAACCUUGAGGGGAGCGUUCAAGGCAAACAACAAAGGUCUACACAAGUUAUACAUUGGUGGAGAGGAGGCAUCCCACUUCGUGGUUCCAUUUGUCCAGCCAUCAUCAUGA